UUUAACGACUCUGUGUGUCUGUGUCCAACUCUCAUCCCCGGCUAACCCUCACUACGGACGCCUACUCAGCUACUCCGGCGAGUCCAGGGGCGACGGAAAGCUGCUUGGCAUCCAGCGACUGGCGUCUCGGCGACUCCUACGAGCCUAGGGGCGACGGUAGAAGUUGCUCGACAUCCGGCAACCGGCGUCUCGGCGAGUUGGCGACUUGGCUUCUCCCUUCUCGGCAAACAAGCUGUUUGGACUUCGGAGUGUUUGGCACGGUCAAAAGCUACCGUCAAAAUAUGUUUAUUUGUGUGAAAAACUGUUGGUAGUCAAUUUCUCCAUUAUCUUGACGGUGCAUCUGUUGGUCCUCUCAAAAUGAGUACCUCAAGAGAAGAAUCUCCAGAUUGGCUUCGUUCUUUCAAGGCACCUAGUCCUGUAGCAUUAUCGUCGGAUUUAGAGUCCCCUUCAAAUGAUAGUCCUCUUAGUGAUGAUGAGGACGGAAUGAGUCUUGGGAAAUUGUUUUCCAAAGAUAAAUCCAAUACAAUUGAGACUAAAAACAAUUUGGAUGGGAAUGACUUGUUGGUUUACACGCCUUCUAAAGAAAAGUCUCCUGCUAAGAAGGCAAGAGUGGAGCAUUCACCAGGUGGAAAGAGGAAGAGAGAAAGUCAGCCUGAAAAUGAAGGAAAAGAUGUUGAUGAUUUCAAGGUCUUUUCUGAAGGAACAAAAGAUCCAGAUUUCCUUGACAGUGAUGGAGAACAUGUCCCCACUGAGGAUCUGAAGAUGAAAUCUUCAAAAAAACAAUUUGAAAAAGACAACCAUACGCCAAAAAAGAGGAAGAAAGUAGAAAAGACAACAAAUGAGGAUGUAGAGAAUAAAGCUAAAGCUGAUGUCCUAGAGGAAGAUAUUCCAGAGAAGCAUAAUGGAACACAUGUUUCAUAUUCAAGACUUCCUUUGUUACUUCCUGAGAAAGUACAAAGGUUAAAGGCACUUGUGGAGUGUGAUGGUGAUUCGAUAGAUUUGAGUGGUGAUGUGGGCGCUGUUGGGCGGGUUGUAAUCUCAGAUAAUCCAUCUGGAAGCAAUGAAAUGCUUUUGGAUCUAAAAGGAACCAUAUACAAAACGACAAUAGUUCCUUCCAGGACAUUCUGUGUGGUAAGCUUUGGUCAAUCAGAAGCAAAGAUUGAAGCCAUCAUGAAUGACUUCAUCCAAUUGACACCACAAUCAAAUGUUUAUGAAGCUGAAACAAUGGUUGAAGGAACUCUUGAUGGAUUUUCAUUUGAUUCGGAAGAGGAGGCUGACAAUUUGCCCAAAAAGGCUGUUGAAGGCAAUCAAAAUGAAGCCAUUGAGGACGAAACAAAUGGAAAAACAGAACGAAAAACAAAAAAAUCAUUAGGGGCUGAGCAAAAGAAGGGAAAAAUUGGAGGGGGCAAGCAACCAAAGAAAACAAAAAAGAAAGCCCAAGUCACAAAGAAAAACAAGAAAAAAUGAGAAGGUUGAUUUUAACUUCUUCAUACCGUGUACAUUUUCUUAAUUUUCUUGGCUUGUAUUCCUAUUUUUGUUUUAGCAAGCUCCAAUUUUUUACAGGUUUCUGCAAUCCUAAUUAUCAAUUGGCUGGUGGCAUCACUGUUACCAUUCCAAACGGAAGGUCACAAGUUUGAGUCUCAUCCCAAUCAAGGAUGUUGUUAUAAUCUUGUUGAGUAGAUAUUAUUAUAUGUUAGAUGUUAGAUUAUAGUUACAAAAAAAUUAUCAAUUGAUUGGUGGGAAAGCCCAUGCUUAAUAGAGACGUUGGAUUUGUGUUUUAGGACCUACUUAACGUAACUGAUAAUUCAUUGUAAGUUUGUUGAGUUUCUUGAUCUGGUCCUAGACUGAGUGUAGUAAUUAGUAACACUACAGGCUCCCUGUUUAAGACUAUAGAUCUCAUCUUGAAGAUUAGAGAUUC